AUGGAGAGUCCUCACGAGCAUCAGCAGAACCUCCUCCUGUCGCGUGUUAUCACCAAUGUUGAGAAACUCAACGAGGCGAUCAUUGUCAUGAACAAAAGCCUACAAGAGAUCAACAUUCAAAACAUGAACAUCGAGCUCGUUGCGCAAAUGUUCAAGAACUACCAGUCCAACGUGCUCUUCCACUUAGAAGCUACGGACAACAUGAAGGAACCGUCGUGA